GAGCAUUAGGUUUGUAUUUUAAGAUCAAAAAUAGAAUAGGCUAUGUUAAAUAAUAAAUACAUAGGCCCAAGUUAAUCAAUCAUUCUAUCGUUCAAUAAACCUCAAUAAAUUGAUAGUAAAAUAAUUGUCUAAAUAAAAUGAAACACAAUAAAAACGAAUAAAUAUCCAAUUUUCUAGGAAAGGGAGGAAAAAACGAAUGUAAAACAUAAGACCGACGCUCUCCUGUAAACUGGAAAGUCCACCUGCACCUGAAGGCAGCACAACACAUGCACUCAGUCCCCGCAGUCCACAGCACACACAGCCGCUACCUGCCAGGCGGAAUGGACGUAUCCUCCGGUGCGCCCAGCUUUAUCCUCAGCGCAGCGGAGCCGCGGGAGAAGCCAGGCCCGACAUGACAGCGCCGGGACGGGAGAAGAAAGCCCGCCAGCAGCCGCGGGUGACCGUGCGGCCGGAGGCGGUGUGGGCUGCGGGUCGCUACGCCGUGCUGGCCGCCCUGUGCGCCCUGUGUUACAGCAACUCUCUCCACGGGGAGUUGGUGCAUGACGAUGUGUGGGCUAUCAUCAACAACCCGGACGUCCGACUGGGCUCCAGCCUCAGAAACAUCUUCAGCAACGACUUCUGGGGCAAGAGGAUGGCGGACAAUACGAGCCACAAGUCCUACAGACCGCUGUGCAUCCUCACCUUCAAGUUGAACAUCCUGCUGGGCGGCAUGACGCCUCUCUAUUUCCACAUCGUCAAUGUGUGUUUGCACUGUGCCGUAACCUGCCUGCUCAUGCACACGUGUGAACGCUGGACGUUCGAAGACUCACGCCUGGCCUUCGUCACGGCACUCCUCUUUGCUGUGCACCCCGUCCACACCGAGGCUGUGUCUGGUAUCGUGGGCAGGGCUGACGUCUUGGCCUGUCUGCUGUUCUUGCUGACGUUCCUCUCCUAUAUCAGGAGUGUGGGGGUCUGUGUCUCUGAGGACUCUCUGCCCUCCACGGUGUCAGUGUGGUGUCUGCUCGUCAGUUUGUUGCUGGGCACCUGCGCCAUGCUGGUCAAGGAGACGGGCAUCACUGUGUUCGGAGUGUGCGUGCUCUACGAUGCCCUGGUGCUCUGCCGCAAGCCUCUCAUCUAUCACCUGUCUGGCUCCAGACUCAGGGACCUCCUCCACAUCUGCAGCCCCUUCAUCAAACGAGCCUGCCUCAUUUCUGGCUAUGUGGUCAUCAUCAUGUCGGUCAGGCUGUGGCUGAUGGGAGGAUCCAUGCCUCUCUUCUCUGAACAGGACAACCCUGCCUCCUUCUCACCUCACCUGCUUACCAGGAUUUUGACCUAUUCUUACCUGCUGUCCUUCAAUGCCUGGCUGCUGCUGGCCCCCAUCGUGUUGUGUUACGACUGGCAGGUGGGAAGCAUUCCCUUGGUGGAGUCGCUGGGCGACGUGCGCAACGUGACCACCGUGCUGCUGGCCGUGGUGAUGGUCGCUCUCUGCCUGCACUGUGUCUUCUCACUGCAGAGACAGGAGAGCAGGGAGGUGUUGGUGGGAAUGUUGCUUCUGGUGUUUCCCUUCAUUCCUGCCAGUAACCUUUUCUUCAGGGUGGGAUUUGUUGUGGCCGAGAGGGUUCUUUACAUGCCAAGUAUGGGUUAUUGUAUCCUGGUGGCUCAUGGCAUGGGGCGGUUGUGUUCGGUGGUGGGCCGUUGGGGCACCACAGUCCUCAGUGUCUCCAUGCUGCUGCUGAUCCUGCUCUUCUCCUGGAAGACCGUCCAGCAGAACCAUGUCUGGCUGUCCAGGGAGGCCCUCUUCCGCUCUGGUAUCCAGACUCUGCCUCACAAUGCCAAAGUCCACUACAACUACGCCAACUUCCUCAAAGACAGCGGCCGGCACCAAGAGGCCAUUCACCACUACACCACUGCCCUCAGGUUAUACCCCCGCCAUGCCAGCGCCAUGAACAAUCUUGGCACUCUGACUCGCAACCCAGAGGAAGCAGAGCGCUACUACAGGAAAGCACUGGACACCAACCCUCAGCAUAACCGAGCUCUGUUUAACCUGGGAAACCUCCUCAAGUCCCAGGGGAAAGAGAAAGAGGCCGAGACUCUGCUGAAAGACUCCAUACGCUGCAGUCCACAUUUUGCUGAUGCGUACUCCAGUCUGGCAUCACUCUAUGCUGAGCAGAAACGCUUUGCUGAAGCCAAUGAAGUGUAUCUGAAAGGUAUAGAGAACUGCCCGGACAGCUCCGACCUGCAUAAUAACUACGGAGUGUUUCUGGUGGAUACGGGAGAAGGGGAGCUGGCAGCCGCUCACUACCAGCAAGCUGUUAGACUCAAACCAGCACACUACGUUGCCAUGGUGAACCUGGGCCGCCUGCUCCGAUCAUCCAAUGAAAAUAAAGAAGCUGAGACUUGGUACAAGAGCAGGGCGCUGCAGGUGACGAGGAAGGUGGACAUUCUGACUCCACUCGGAGCUCUGUACUACAACACAGGCCGCUACGAGGAGGCCCUGCAGGUGUACAGAGAGGCCACCGCCCUGCAGCCAGACAGUACCGACAUCUGGCUGGCUCUGGCUCAGGUUUUAGCCAUGGCUGGUCAUACCAAAGAGGCUGAGAAGAUGACCCUGGACAUCAUAUCCAGAGAAGGGAGCUGUAUCGAAUGUUACCGCCUCCUGUCUGCCAUCUACAGCAAGCGUGGCAACUACACAGAGGCUCUGGAUGCUCUGGACAGGGCCCUGCAGCAGAAUCCCAGUGAUCUGACAGUGAGAGCAGAGCUAUAUUUCUCCAAAGGAAACCAGCUCAGAGAGAUGAACCAGCUGGACCGAGCCUUUGAGAGCUACAAGCUGGCUGUGGAACUCAAACCUGACCAGUCCCAGGCCUGGAUGAACAUGGGGGGAAUUCAGCACAUUAAGGGAGACUAUGCAGCAGCCAGGAUGUACUACCAGCGAGCCCUACUUCUGAGCCCUGGUUCCAAACUUCUGAAGGAAAACCUGGCCAAGUUGGACCGGCUAGAGAGGAGACUGACAGGGGGGGUGUAGACCACCACGAUUCCCCAGACACUGCACCAUCCUUGGCACAGAUCAGGGGAGCAGGGCACUGUGCAGCCCUCUGGAGCCCAAACACCAGUCACCAGGCUGCUGGAUGAAACGGACCUGGUUGCUUCGACGACCUGCCUGUGUGAGAGCAGAGGAGGAGGGUGAACUGCAGCGUGUUCGGAGGUGGACCGGGUGUACUGGAGUCAAAGAGACUGGUCGAGCCACAGUCCAGAAGCCUUUCCUGGGGUAAGCAGAAGGGAAUGGCUGGUUGAAGACCACUGGGAGCUCCAUGUGUUGCCCUGUCUGCAUCAGCUUUACUUCAACAUGCACAUCUGCUUUAGACAUUUGUGUUUGUUUGAUUGAUUUAUUAUUUAGGUUCAUGUGAAGUCAUUUCCUUUAUGGCAGUUGAUCACAGAUUCUAAUUCAGUCCUCUGCUCUGCCUCUGAGAAUUAUUCAUGUAUUUACAUUAGUGCAGUGAAAGUGAAAAUAUUAUUAUUAUGAGGGGAAUGAGCAUGGAAGUUCAUUCUUGACCUAUGGGAACAUUGUGUAACAAAAUAAUCUAAGCUCAAAGGUCCACUUACUAGCUUUUCAGAGCUUUCAACCACAUCUCAAAGUCUUCUUCAGCGAAUGGAGCUUGCUCGGGUCACACACAAACAAACAUCGGUCACGUGAUGACAAGUGGUCGUUCAGCAUCGACCAAGAUAUCAGCCUACGUCGUCGAUCAUGAGUGAGUGGACGGCCACAGAAAAAUCGAACCAAACCAGAGGAGGGACAAAGUCAUUGUUUUGUAAGUCACAAGCAGGGCUGGGGAAGCUGCUCUGAAAAUGUAGCUCCUGAAGCUACAGGCUACUGUUCAUUGGAAGUAUUGAAGCAACACUACAUUUUUGUUGAAAGUAGUAAAUUAAUAGGACAGAUUGGCUGCCGUUCUCACUCUCUCUCUCUGCUCUGUACUGUCAAACCAGCCCAGUUGCUUGAUUCUCUCCUGAAUCAGAAGACUGGGAAGCGUGGGUGCAGAAUCUGCACAGGUGGUGGAGCAACAUUUCAGUAAUUUUUUUGCUUUUUUUCUUCAAGAGAAAAUUAAAUGUAGCUAUGUAGCAUUUGGUUGUGCUACCCCACUACUUAGUGGAAAAACAGCUUGCUACUGGAAACAUUACAUGAUUUUGAAAAUAGCUAUGCAACCCAGACGCUACUGGGAAAUUUAGUUAAACUAGUGGCUUAACUAUAUGUAGCACUACUACAUGCUCCUUAAUACCCGUGUCAAGUUUUGACAAUGAAGUUCUGAGUCAAGUAAGUCCUUAACUUGAAAGUUCAUGAGUUUAAAUUAUUCAUAUCAAAUAAAGUUUAACUGGGACAUUCCAACAGCUGAAAUUGACAUGAUGCAGCUAGAUUGUUUCACUGAAGACCCAUUUCAAGUCAAAAAUAAAGUGAAGUCACAAGGCCACAUGAUGACACCUGAGCCAGCUCCAUUCACUGAAGUGAUAUGGUUGAAAGCUCCAAAAAGCUACUAAGUGGACCCUUUGAGUUUAGAUUAUUGUGUUGUACAUGAAGGGAAUGGUUUGACACGAUUCAUUUCAAUCCCACUCUCUUGGAGUAUAUCAGUGAAUAUAACAAAAGGCAAAAUCUGUAAAGCUCUCAGACUAUAUGAUUUAUUAGAAAUGUAAUAAGAUUCAUAUAAGCUGAUUUCUCCUCAGACAAACUAUAUUAUGUUCAUCUGACCUCCAUUUCUAGAACUGGCUACACUGAUGUCACGAGCCUUCUGCAAGUAUAAUAAGCUAGUGUGUCUGCUCCUGUGUGAGGAGUUGAAACUUGUGGCUUCAUGCGUACCAUAACCUCUGAAGAUUGCUGUUUGGUUGCUUGUUGUGGUUUUGUUGACAUUGAUGUUGAUUGUAAAUGAAUUUUGUUGUGGAAUGACAAUUGGAUGAAAGUGAAGUGACUAGUGCAAUGACUGAGUUGCACCAAGAAAAUAAAGUAUAUGUUUCAUUAAA